AUGCGUGUCCGCUUGAAACUACUAUCCGACCAUUUUCUGAGCCAGCGAACCAACCUCUUGAGAUGGCAUGAUGCUGAACCUCAUCUCCCAUCAGCAUGCUCAUGCAUAGUGCCCGCGUCCCACGUCAGCCAAAUAAUGGGACGUGGCCACCAACGGCUACGAUCAGCAUCUCUUACAGCAUCACCAUGCCGCUUUUCGUCACGCCGCAUCUUGUACCACCAUCAUUGGCUUACUGACGCUGCUUGUCAGAUUUCGGAGUUAUCACCGUGCCAUGUUUUGUGGGGUAGCAACGGCAAAGUCGUGCCAGAUGAUAGGAACGCAGGACGCAGGGGCACACAAUAUCUCACUUCCUGCUCGCUUGCCUUUGAUAAGUCAGUUUUACAGAAAGAACAGCAGAAAGGUUCACAGUUUUCCAGGGCCAGCAUUUCACCGCUGGACAGGACAGUGCAGAUAUCAAGGUGA